CCUCACUCCCCUUAUAUCGACAGUAAACUGCAGUCCCCUUCAUUUCCUACAUCCCUUCCUUUCAUUAUCACCCGCACCCACCAAGAAAAGCAGAGACACAAAAAGCACCUCUCUCUCUCUCUCCCUCUCUCUCUCUCUAAAAUGAGUUCGGAGAAGAACCCCCUUGACCUCAAUAAUUUCCCCGAUGACUACAUGGGGAGCCACUGUGAAAGAUGGCGAGACAGCAGCAAGCAGUUCAUGGACGUCGAUGCAUCAAUCGCACCACUUGAUGCUGCCAAGUGCAAAAAGAGGAAAUGCGGGGCCGAUGAAGGCAAAGAAACGUGUGGGAAGGUGUACGAGUGCAGGUUUUGUUCCCUCAAGUUCUGCAAAUCACAAGCGCUGGGCGGCCACAUGAACCGCCAUCGCCAAGAGAGGGAAACAGAGACCCUUAAUCGUGCUCGUCAGCUGGUGUAUGGCAAUGAUAGCCUAGCGGCUCUCAAUUUAGGGAUGAGAGAACCAAACAUGGGCGUACACGCAUUUACUGGGAGUUUCCAUCACGACCCAUCUGUUCCCUACAUGUCUUCAUUCACCAGGCCAUCCCCACCAAUUUUAUCACAGUCACUCCCUCCAUAUUUAUACCCUUCACAACCACCACCACCAUCAUCCUCUUCUUCGUCUUCCUCUUCCUCAACCUCAUCAUCCUCUCCUUCUCUCUCACCGCACCUCCUGUCAUUCCAUUCUUCCUACCGCCUCCCGCCUUCCGUGAACGAUUACAUCGUCGGCCACGUCGUAGGCGGCAGCCCGCACAGGCACCACCACCACCACCACCAGCAAUGGAAUUCAAGCAAUCCAGGGGUUGGCGGGGUUCGGGAGUUCCCAUCAGGCUGUGCAAGCGGGGAGACCGUGGGUUACUACCAAGUGCAAGGAGGAGGGAGUUGGGGUUACCAAGACGAGCAACAUGUGGGGCCUUCUUCGAUCAAUCGGUUUCAAAGCGAUUUCUGAGAGAUCUUUCAUCACUUGUAGAUGAUCAUUAUCAGUGUCUUGUAGGCGUUUGCAAUUAGGGUUGGUAUUAAUGCUCUAGGUGUUUAUUGCUGGCUGUGGGUUACGUGUGCAGUAAAAACAGUAGUUCUCAAAGGGUGAAAGAGAUCGACUUUAAGGGUACAAAUUGCAGAAAGAGUAGCAGUAGAGAAAACAGCUUUUGAGUUCACACAAAAGGCAGGCCCUUUGGAAAAGUUUGGUUGGUCAUUUUGUUUCUGCUUCUGCUUGACCAUUCACAAUCAAGCAAACGGAGAACAAGAUGGAGAUGUGCACCAAGUUGGUUCCUAACUAUGGUUUCUAACUCCCCUUUUUCUGCAGUUCUGUAACUUUGUAUUUGGGCGCUGCCGUAACGUGCCUGAAAGUUUGGAAAAGAAAAAAUAAAUGAAGUAUCUGUCAUUAUCAUCUAAA